AACACACGGCCACCAACCGCUCCCGCGGACGCGGCAAGGCAGGUCUGGGCCUGUGCGCACGGCAGCCGGCCGGCUGUAGCCGCUAGCCGUGGCCAUGGCGGCGGCCAGCCCUGCCCCCAGCCGACCUCGACCCUCCGGCGAGCUGCCCUCCAUGUCCCGGUCGCUUGGUCGUUCGCCGUGCCGAUCGCCCUGCGCUGCUCUCGUCGUCGCCGGGGUUAGUGGCCGGAUCGCGAUCUGUUUCCGAGCUUCGAGGAAUCGACGGUCAGGCUUCAAUGACCAAGUGAUCAAGCUCUUCGAGUUCUACGAGGCUGAAGACCCUGAGCAUCUGAUUGGUGAAGGUUGCCUUUGGUGCAAUCUAUGCCCAGGUAAAGAAGAAGGCGUCGAGGCGGAUCUCCAGGAGUUCUAGGACUUCGACGAGUUCGAGGAUUAGGCUAGCGACCUCCCCCAGUUAGCUGCCUGUGGUGGGUUUAUUUACGUUGGCUACGUUUCUAUUCUGUGUACUUUGAUUUUACUAUGUAAAUGACUCUAGUCUUUCAUAUUAUUACUUACCCUUUAUUGUUAUUCGAAGCAUUGUGCUAUGAUGAGUCAUUUAUGUAAUCGCUAUGUACGUGAGUUCUGAUC